UGACCAUGUGUUUGUGUUCCAGGCAAUCUUCUUGCAAUGUUGCUGCUCGUCACAUGGCGUUUUUCCCUUAAAGUUUUUCGCCGCCGGUAAUGAAAAUGAGUGGCGGUUCAAACCAGAAGACUUUAUUUCAGACUUGGGGUGUCUCCGUCUCCCACAACAAAGUUGUUAACCCGAUAAAAGAUGGCAAAAAUGCUGCUGGGCGCCCCAGAACAACUCCAGGCAACUGUCCCCAGGUAGCUACAGCACAUCUUCCUUCUCAUCCCCUCUGGUCUGAAAAUGGUCAGGGGUCAGGAUAUACAUUAGCUAACCCAGUGGGGACAGAGGACCCCAUGCCUGCGUAUGAAGAUGAAGACGAUGAUCUGAUGGUGGUCGCCGUGUAUGAAGCCGAAAGAAGCCUACAGCUUGAUAAUGCUAAAUUUUUCCAGCAUGACAACCCUGCCAGAACAGAAGAGCCCACCUUCUCUCUAACCCCCUCAGGUGGGCAGACAUACCCUGACUUCCCUGGCUUUGACAGUUCCUCAGCUAAGGUAUGGAUCUACCCGACCAACUAUCCUAUCAGGGAGUACCAGCUGAAGAUAUCAGAGGCUGCCCUCUUUCAGAACACUCUGGUAUGUCUUCCCACUGGUCUGGGAAAGACCUUUAUAGCUUCUGUGGUUAUGUACAACUUCUAUCGCUGGUAUCCAUCAGGCAAGAUUGUUUUCAUGGCUCCCACCAAGCCUCUAGUGGCCCAACAGAUUGAGGCCUGUUAUAAAGUGAUGGGGAUCCCACAAGCACACAUGGCUGAGCUGACAGGUAGCACAGCAGCAAAGCAGAGACAAGAGGUUUGGAGGUCCAAGCGGGUCUUCUUCCUCACGCCUCAGGUCAUGGUUAAUGAUCUGUCCAGAGACACCUGCCCAGCCCAGCAGGUCAAGUGCGUGGUGAUCGAUGAAGCACACAAAGCGCUGGGCAACCAUGCUUACUGCCAGGUCAUCAAACUACUCGGCAGCCAGACUUUGCAGUUCCGCAUACUGGCUCUUAGCGCCACCCCAGGAGGAGAUACAAAGUCGGUGCAAUCUGUGAUCUCCAAUUUGCUCAUCUCCCAUAUCGAGCUACGUUCAGAAGACAGCCCAGACAUCCGGGCUCACUCCCACCAGCGCAAUGUGGAGAAAGUUGUGGUUCCUCUGGGUGAGGCCCUUUCAGCUUACCAGACACACUACCUGCAGGUGCUGGAGAAAUUCAUGUCUCGUCUGGUCCAGAACCGAGUGAUGGGCCACAAGGAUCUGCGGACUCUUACCAAAUACCAGCUCAUUCUUGCCAGGGAUCAGUUCAGAAAGAAUCCACCACCACACCUCAAGGGUCCACAGCAGGGAAUGCUGGAGGGCGACUUUGCCCUUUGCAUCAGCCUGUACCAUGGCUACGAGCUGCUAAUGCAGAUGGGCCUCCGAUCUCUCUUCUUUUACAUCCAAGGAAUCAUGGACGGAUCCAGAGAGAUGUCCAGGGCCAAGAACGAACUGCAGAGAACUCCCACGUUCAUGGAUUUCUACAAGGAAAUGGAAACUAUGUUUAUGAAGCCAUCUGCUGGUCCAGAUGAGCCAUUCAUUUACAGCCACCCCAAACUGGAGAAACUGGAGGAGGUUGUGCUGCGCCAUUUCAGACUGUGGGCUGAGAGCUCAGCAAACAAUAAUGGCUCAGGUCCUCAGGAGGUAAGCACGCGUGUGAUGAUCUUUUCAUCAUUUCGGGAGAGUGUACAGGAGAUCGCAGCCAUGUUGAACCGCCAUGCUCCGCUGAUCAGGGUCAUGACAUUUAUGGGCCAAGCUUCAGCUGGGAAGGGGGUCAAAGGCUUUACCCAAAAGGAGCAACUGGAGGUGGUACACAAGUUCAGACAGGGAGGCUUCAACACACUGGUGUCAACCUGUGUGGGGGAAGAGGGCCUGGAUAUCGGAGAGGUAGACCUCAUUGUUUGCUUCGAUGCACAGAAGAAUCCUAUUCGUUUGGUACAGCGAAUGGGGCGUACCGGACGUAAGCGUCGGGGACGCAUUGUUGUCAUCCUGGCUGAGGGGCGGGAAGAGCGGACUUACAAUCAGAGCCAGAGCAACAAGCGCAGCGUCUACAAGUCCAUCACUGGCAACAAAAAUGGGUUCCACAUGUACCCCAACAGUCCCCGUAUGCUGCCUGAAGGGCUGUACCCCAAACUCCAUAAGAUGCACAUUACCUGUGGGCAGUUUGACCACCAGGAGAACAGCAGGCGGUCUGUCAGGGGUCGGCGGUCUCACGCCCAGAGUCGGGCCUCACUCAUCCACCCUCAAAACCUAAUUCAACAGGGCAGCUCAACAUCCAAUGGUUUUCUGAGCAGUACAGAAUAUUCCCUAUGGGAGUCAACCAUGAAGCUGGAGGAUACUGAGCCCCAUCCAUCCCUGAAGCAGUCACACUUCCUGUCAAUACCCAGUGACCCACUUCCUCAGGAGGAGGUUUCCAAAGGCAAACAACCAUCCAGGGAGCUGUCUUUGUGGGAAUGGAGACACUGGCAACACAAAGCGCUCCCUUCUCAUGUUGUUGAUCAUUCCCUCCGCUGCAGCCACUUUAUUAAGGUGAUGGAGCUCAUAGACUGCAUGAGAGAGGAAAAUGAGGGGGAAUGUUGUUACGAACGGGAACUUCUUCCUUACCUCCACAAAGAGGACACUGUGAAGAGCAGACGGAAAAAGCAGAAGGGCACAAAGACCUGCACCAAAACCGCCAACGACAAACCUAAACCAUCCCAUUCCUCUUGGUCUGAACUGGAAUAUAUCGAUGAGGAAUUUGAGGGGAGCGAGACACGAAUAGCUGGGUUAUUAACCCCAUUGGCCGUGAUGAAACAAAGCCCUCCUGCUGAAGAUAAUAAUGAGAUACCUUAUGAUGACAGCAUAGACCACUUAAAACUCGAGGCAGAAGAUCAGAUUACUGAUAUUGAUAAAUGUGAAACUGUCACUGAGGACCUUAUCAAAUCAGAUGGAGAACCUGUGAAAUUAGACAAUCUGUCACAGCUGCCUGCUAAAAGUGAUGAAGAUGUUCAACUUCAGGCAAUGUUCUACUUUCCUAAAUGGGAUGCAGCCCCACUGCCCUGCUGUGAUAAGCUCCUCCCAGGGAGAGAUGAGAGUCUUAAGGUCAUCCUGGCCAAUGUGGCGGAACUCCUGUCCCGAUCUCCACCAUCACUCAUGGAUGACUUAGAGCCCCCUCCAUCACUUUGUCCUUCUCCUCAACAGCCUCCUCAGCCCUUCCUUGUCAGCUUUACCUUGGAUGUGGACGACGACGACGAUGAUGAUGAUGAUGAUGAUGAGAUGAUAAUGAGAGAAGUUGAGAAGCUUCCAGAUGAGCUUCCAAAUGGUACAGACUGUGGUAAAAUCUCUCCUGACUUUCCCGAUCAGGAGAAGCACCCUGCCAGUGUAGCAGCCAACAGCCCAACUUGGGAUGAGGUUUUUGGGGAGGACGUAAAUGAUAUUAAUAAUAUCAGGGAUGACAGCAAGGAGUCAGAUGAUGAUGAAAAGUGCAAUGGCUUCAAGGAGUAUCAGGUUCACGUAGAAGCUGAUAGUGUAAGUGAGGAAAAACAGAGCUGGGAUGAUGUGAGGGAUGAAGAAAUACCACACUUGACAGAUGGUGUUUUGAAAGACGACAAAGCCUCCAAGUGCAGCUCGGAGAUGGAUGAGAGCAUCGAUCUGUUCGAGGAUGAUGACGCCUUCCUGCAGAUGACCAUUCCCGAUAUCCCCACUCCUUUGGAUGGCGUCACACCCGCGACAUCCCCGACGGAGAAGAAGUCUGAAACAGUGCAUGUACAUACCCCAAUUAACCCAUGUAACACUACACAGUCAGCAGAUGGCACCCACAGAUUGAGGACAGUGGAAUCAAAAGGAGUGGCAUUCAGCAAGGGUUUGACUCAUACUGUAAAUGCCAAGCUGAUAAUCCAGAACACAAACACCCAUAACACUACAGUGACAAAACUUAAUAUGCACACACCAGCACAAACUAAACUUAUAACAGAUAAUUCGGUCAUGGGCAGUGCAGUUACACCCCAUUUUAAAUCUCCUGAGUCAUUUAACAGCAUGCAUGACUUCUUUUCAGUCAAUUUUGAGCUUGGCUAUUCACUGGAAGACUCGGAGGAAGAAGAUGAAGCAGAGGGCUUUCCUCCCUCUUGUAUGCCUGGGUCUUCACAGCCUAAAAAGCAGAUUGACUCCACCACACUUUCGGCAGCUGUCUCUAACUCUUCUACUCCCUGUAACAGCUUUGCUAAACAGAGAAUACCUCCAGUUUGCAGCGAAUCCAAGCAUUCCACACCACAAAUGCUGUCAGAAUGUAGGACGUCUAAAAGUGGUGCUCUCCCGUCUCCGAUCAUGUCCCCGGGAGCAAAGCAAACCUUAAUGCCCGGUCUGCCCUCCAGCUUGAAACGCAGACGAGCACAAUGUGGCGUCACUGUAGCAGAGAGAGGGCCUAAUGAGGAAAACGGCUCAUGCCAUGUUUCUGACUCUUCUCCUCAUGCAGUGGAGGGCAACAGUGACAGUGAGGAUGAAGUUGUGCUUCAUAAAAGAAGACAUCCGAACAAAGUCAACCCCUUAUCAUCCCCCGAAGUGUCUAAGAUCAACAGUGAUGUGGACUCCCCGCUGGUAGUGAAAAGAAAACAUGCUGCUGCACUCAAUAUUUCUGAUGAAACGGGAGGCGAAUCUGUUUCUGAUGAUGAUUUCCAGAAUGAAUCUGUUUCUGUGUGCAGAGCCACAGUGCAGAGAGCUGAAAGGAAAGGGGCCACAGCCAAGCGCGGCAAAUGCCGAAAAGGGCGUCAGUUCUUGGAUGAAGAAGCACAGCUGUCAGAGGUCGAGGAAGGGGUAGAGGUCUCGUCUGAUGAGGAGGAUGAAGAACAGAAUCAGUCUCUCAACGGUUUUGUGGUCGACAACACACAGUUCUCUCAGGGCCUGAAUGACUCAGAGAUGCAUGGAGUGUACCUGAAGUCAGUGAGAAGCCCUGCAGUCCAGGGCAAAUUCAAAAUUUCCAACAGAAGACAUCACAACAUGGACAUCUUUUCCCAGGUGCCUGAGAUGGAUGAGACGUAUGAAGAGGACAGCUUUGUAGUGGGCAGUGAUGAGGAGGAGGUGGGCACCAGUGAGGAAGAUGCUGAAGAUGUUGACCUUCUGCCCGAGGCCUCGUUUGUGGACGGGAGAAAGCAGUAUGCCACCAGGCACCGCGUUUUCCUGCACAACGCCAGAGCAAGAGGCAGCACAAAAACCAGAGCUCAGCCUCCACCAGAACAGAGAGCCGAGAUGAAAACUAAACGCACCCGGGUCAUACAAAUGAAUGAUUCUAGUGAGGAGGAGACAGAUGAAGUUAGUAAAGAGAGGGCUCUCAAAGCAGGAGAUGGUGUGUUGCCUUCAUCGCCAAAGAUGGUACCGCCAGAGCCUUGUGGGAAAGAAAGAAAGAAAGCUGUGUCGUUAUCUUCUAAGGUUUCACUGUUGAGCAAAGCACAAAGGAGCUCUGUGAGCGAAGAACAGCAAAAUGAGAGGUGUCGCCAGAGGAUAGAAAAUCAGCAUCUCCUCUCUGACGAGCUAGACUUUGCGGAGUCGCAACCGCAAGUUUCCUCAAAGAAGCAAUCGCAGGCAGUCCCAGCCACUUCAUUGGCUCCUCAAAAGACCACAGCUGAGGAUUUAAUAGUGAGUGAAACCUCCGCUCCAUCUGGGUCUGUUUGCAUCCUGGUGGACAGUCGCUGCAUCAGUAGCGGGGUGGAGUUGCUGACCAGCCUGCGUCAGCGACACGCAGCCACCGUCCACGUCUGCUCUUUGGACAGCAGCUACUUCAUUGUCAGCAACCGCAUGGCGGUGGAAAGGCAGAGCCAAUCAGAUCUGGCUGCGGCACAGAACCGGAAACGACUGGCGGAAAGAGUGAACAGCUUGCAGGGGUUGUUUGAGCGCGUGUGCAUGAUAGUGGAGAAAGACCGAACCAAGACUGGUGAGGCAUCUCGUCCCUUUCAGCGAACUCGCUACUUUGACAGCACUUUGGCAGCGCUAGUGCGAUCAGGGGUUCGCCUGCUGUGGAGCGAUGGUGCUGAAGAGAGUGCCGGGCUGCUGGCAGAUGCGGCACGUUUGGAGCACCGCAAGGGUCAUGGCAUCGGCGUACCAGUGGAAGUCAAAGGGCAGCACAGGCAGCAAGCGCUGCAGCUGUACUUGAGCUUGCCUUCAGUUAACUACGUUCAAGCUCUCAACAUGAGCCACAACUUCACAUCGAUCGCCCAGCUAAUAAACAGCCCGAUAGAAGCCAUACAGAAGGGAGGGUGUAUGAGUCGACCCAAAGCAGAGGAGAUCUAUCGCUUCCUGCGCUACUCCUGUGACUCCUUCCUCAUGAAUAUGUCAAAAUCAGGAAAGAACAGCUAGCAUGCUGCUGGAAAAAACACUGCUGGGACUCUACAAACUGAAAUACAUCUUUUUUCAUUUAUCCUUAUUAUGUGUAUUUCUUUUUACUUCAUACAUUCUUCUGCUUCUUUCUGUCUUUGUCUCAGGAAGACAGCAGCUAGAAUAUUAUGUUGAAUGCAUUUAAUACGAUCUCUCAAUGAGAGAAGAGCUUCAGGAUCUUAGUUCAUCCUUUUUGCACAACAAGUUGAAGGGGCACAACACUCAACUUUAUAUUUAUGUUAAACAACACAUUGGGUUUCUUCAAAGUGUACAGUUGACCUGUAAGGUAGUAUUAAGCAGCAUUGGUAAGAGUUCAAUAAUUGAAACUUGAAUAACAUAAUAAUGGAUGUGUUUUCUUUAAUAAACUAUAUUUUUAUAUAUGUUUAUUAAAGUAGUUUUGUGCCACAUUUUGAGAAGGAAAUCUUUUCCAAUACCUGCAUUGAGCUUCUUUGAUAUCAGCUUUCUUCCUCUAGAGGUCAGCCCGUUUCCUUCUAACAGACCAUGCAAGCAAAAACGUGAUGUUUAUUACAUCAUAUUUUUUACUGAAUUAAGACAGCUCAUUCUUUCAUUCACUUAAAACUUUAUUGUUGGGGGUUUGUUAGAAGCCUAAUAAUUUGUAGGGUUUCCAAAUGUUCAAACUUAAAAAUGCCCAGCCCAAAAAAAAAAGAAAAAGUUUUAUUUCACUAUUCUCCUUUGGGGUUUUAAAUGACAUGUUCUACUUUGGUGAAAGGUAUUGUACAAGCUGUUAACAGUACAAACACAAUAGCAACAUCAGAUAUUUACAGCAGCAUUUUCUUUUACAGAGAUAUCAGGAAUUACUUGCCAAUAAAAAUAAACCCACAGGCAAAAACAUUGCGGAAAAAAAGCAAUAACAACACAUGGAUGCAUUAAAGUAAAAUCUGAAGUCUAGAGUUCUCACAAAGCAAAAAAACAAACAAAAAAAAAGACAAAGAAAACUGCCACAUUCAAUAUGUACAUUCUCUUUGGACAAAUCCAAAGCAGUUUUUAAGACCUCCACAUCUGAGCCGGCACUCUGGGCUAAGCUACACCUGGAGGUCAGUGAGCUGUGAAGAUGUAGAUCAUUUACAUAAAGGGAAAGUAAUGGCUUCUGUAUUUAGGACACCUUUCUUGUGAAUAUCUAAUAGAGGUGUGUGUGAAUGCGCUUGCUGCAGGCUGGCUGGGUACAAUGCUCAUUUUAAUCCUGAAGAAUGUCAA